CCAGUUUGUUAACAGCACAGCCAAAUAGGGGUGCCCCGCAUCCGCCUUCAUUUUUAGAAACGGCGCGGCAGACCGAGCAAGAGAGAACGCAUUGCGGCCUGGUGGGCGGUGGCGAGCGUUCCUAUUCGCCGGGAGGCAUGGGCUUUGCCCACGAAGUUAAAAUACGCUUGCGCGAAUCAGGAAAUAAGUUCUCCCUGAAUUCUAUGGGAGCGGGUGGGUGGAGAAGUGCGUGGGUUAUCGGCUUUGAGUGGGUCAAUUGAUGGCGGUGAUUAUGGCCUGCUGGCAGCGUUUCUGGACUCUGGCCGUACUGUACGUCUUGCUACGUCGCUGCCCGACGAUGGGACUGGACACUGUGUCCUCUGUGUCGCCUUCGCCAACUCCUGCUCCGAAAUGUUCUGAUUUUACUGGAAUGAGUUGUGAAGCAUGUAUAAAAAAUACUAUCUGUCUUUGGUGCAGUGAAAAUUCUACUUGUAUGGAUUAUCCUGUAAACAAAAUCUUGCCACCAUCAUCGUUGUGUUCAUUUACUAAGUCUUACUGGGCAAUAUGUUGGGCAAGUUUGGAAGCAAUCAUCAUCACUAUAGGUGUUGUAGUAGGCAUCAUUCUGGUGUUCAUAAUUUGUUGCUGCUGUUAUUGCUGCCGCAAAUGCCGUAGGCGUUCUGAAAGGAGAGCAAUUGAUGAGGAAGAAACAUUUAUUGGAGAUCGGGAAGAAAAACGAUUGCAAUCUGCUCAACGGAGACAUGAAAGAAGAGUGAAAUAUGAUGAGCUACGCAGAAAAUAUGGUCUCCUUCAGAAUUCGGAUCAUCCCUAUAGUAGAUACGAGAAUGAAUGAAAAAUAGCACUACUGCCUUAAAAUGUUAAGACAUUCUCAUUGCACCAAAUUUGUACAAACAUGUUCAGUAGAACUUAAUGUUUAUCUUGCUUUUUUUCCCUCCUCCUUUUGGAAACAACAAUAUUAUAUUUGCAUCUAAUGAUUCUAGUAUAAAAUGCUUCAGGGGUUUUUUUCCCCUCUAUAGAAAAAAAACCUGGAGGAGUGAAGUUUGAGAUACAGAAACAGUUUAAUUUUCUUAAACAGACUUUUGAGGGGAGGGGGAAAACCAAUUCUGUCAUCUUUUCCAUGCUGCUAAAUAAAGAGACUCUUUAAAUCUGUGUCAAGUAGGUGUUGGUAAGUAUUUGACACUGCAGAGGUGAGGUUAUCACAUAAUCAUAGCUUACACCAUCUUCAUGUUAAUAGAAUACAAAGGGUGUAAGUGAAAGAAACUGUCACUAGGCAGUGACCUUAACUGAAUGAAUGUGAUCUGGUGCUUCUGGCUAGCCUGUACCUUCCGCAUCAUCAGAUCCUUAAAUAUGGCAUCUUAAUCACUGCAGCCUGCCAUUGUCUCAUGUUAAAGUUCUUCAAAACUGCUUUUUCCAGACUUUAAACAUCUUGAUUGCAGUACCUGAUCCAUUGUACUUAAGAAGAGACCACUGAAAUUAACACUUGACUUUAAAAAAAGAAAGUUUAAAAAGAUAGUAAAAUCUGCAGUAUUAUAUCAAAAACCUAUUAUUUAGGCAUGUGUUAAGAGCUUUUCGUUUUAAUCUCUGUACGUUCAUAGAUUGUGUUGAAAAGCCUUGUUCUUAAUUCAUUCCUCAAGCAAUUAUCUAUCCACUUUUUCUAAUAAUGUACAAGAUUUAUCUAUUUACUUUUUCUAAUGUACAAACUUUUUGUAUCUGUUUCUGUCAUCAUACCUAACAUCUAUCAAAGCGGAUAUUUCCAGUAUAUUGUUAUUGUAUAAAUAAUUAAAAUAGAGCUAUUAAAUAGUAACUGUUAACUGUACUGUGCUUCAGACUUGAAGAGAAGAAAGUGCUUUGAAGCUUAUGGAUGUUCCUGUUCAGAGCUUUUCAGACCAAUUGUGUAUUUUGUGUGGGUCAUGUAGAUAACCUCCAGAACCACACCAGGAUCCCAGAGUGGAUCUCUUUGCUUUUAGGAACAGUUAAGUAGUAUAUUUUUUUUUUCACAUCUGAAGCACAGCAUCUCUGCUUUAUUCAGAUACUUAUAGUUUAAACUGCUUUUUUAAAACUGUUUUUCUUAAGCAGGGAAGAAAAUGAUCUAAUAAGGACUGAAGUUGCUUCAUAGUGAAUAUUGCAUAGCAAUUUGAAAAUGUGGGAAGUAGGGUGGAUUCAGUAGAAUACUUUCUUUUUCAGAAGAACAUGCUAUAACAUUUUAUUGUGGGUAACAUUCUUCUUUAUUUAACAAGCCUACAGACUUUGUCAUGUCAUUACAUAGCUGAAGUUCCCUAAACAAAACUCUGAAAACUAAGGCUCGCUAAUCUUAACAUUCAUUAUGAACAUGUGAUUUUCAGGAAUAGCUCACCACAGUUUUCCCAUAUCAAAUUUGCUUUGCAGAGUUGAUGGUCUUUCAGAAAUAGUGUGAAAAGGAGCAUGUUGAGCCAAAGGAAGAGCAGUCUUGUUCUAUUAACUGAAGCUUUCACCCAAUCCAAUACAGUGUAAGGCCAUUAGUAAGACCUAACAGAUCAAUUGUGUAUUUCUACCUGGGUGCAACAUCAAAUUAAGCUGGAACAAUAGACACUUGCUACUUAAUCAACUUUUUUUGGUAUGUAGAGGCAAGUAGAGACAUACCAACCCAAAUUGUAAAGCAAUUUGAAAUAAUGUGGUUGGUUUAUCUUUCACCUUAUUUAAACCAGAUUCAUGAUUUUUGAAAACUUACAGCUUUGGAUACUAUUUCUAUAGUGAGUUCUCACUGGAGAUAUCUUGUGAAACUGGAAACUGCAUGCGAUGUGAAAAUAUUUUUUAUUAGAUCUGAACAGUUAAUUGGACUGCUAGCAACUUCUCUUAAGUAUCUGAUGGGUAAACAUUUAUUUGAGCCUACUUUGUGAAUGAUUAAUGUGAAAAUGUAAUUGCACCUUAUGCUUUUAAUUCCCAUAUUAGCCUUGCUGUUCAGUAUUCCCCUUUGUCUGGACAACCAUCUAUGUAGAUUAUCUGAGGAUAAUAAUUUGUGAAUUCAUCAAGGAUGAGACAUUAUGAAAAAUUUGCCUCAAUACAUUAAGAAGAUGCAUAAAAGUUUAGGUUUUGUACCUAGAUAUGAUAUACAUACAACUGAAGGAUAUCUCCGUGUUUUCUAAUUCACAUGAAUAUUGCAUUAAUUUUAAAAAAAUCACUUAGUGUAUUGUACUUUAUUUAAUUGUUUAUCUUCAUGUUUUACCAUGUUUAAUUUUGUAGUUUGUAUGUUGUUAUGUUUGCAAAUAUGGAUUAUCAAUAUAAUAAAUAAAUUAAGGAUAUGGUUCUACCUAUGUUUAUGUGAAUCUUGAAUUCUAUUUUAUCCAUGAGGGAAAACCAGAACAACUCAUAGCUAUAGAGGCUUCUGCUGACAGAAGGAAAUUUAGAAGAAGUGAUUGAUUCCACCUUCAGAAAUCUUUUAUACUGCCUCUCCCCUCAUAGCGAAGUGUCCCCAAUCCUGUGGAACCCAUCACCUUUUUCAGCAUAACCUCAUGCUAACUGGAUCAGAGGUGACCAGUUUGAAAUUAUUGAAGAAGAAAUUUCUUGAUGUCGUAUAAAACCUCAUACCAGGCUUUCAUGAGAUUAUAAUACUUUUAACACAAGACUAAUAUAAAGGACUACAAAACUGUGAAAUGUUUUGAGAUCUCCAUAUCUCACUAUCAACAAAAUAUUGCAGCAACGGCCUUGUUUAUACAAUAGCAGUGAGCUAGUAAUCCAGUUUAACACUGAUUGUUCAGGCAGAACCCAAUUACAUUAAUGGGUCAAGAAAUGCCAUUUUUAUCAAAUCCUCAUCCACUUUCUCUAGUUCAUCUUACACCAGGAAAAUAUGAAGAAAACUUCAUUGCAUCAUUGUCUACUAGUCCACUGGCCUGGCAGACACUGAUUCUUUUUCCCAAUUAUACUCAAUUGGUUAUGAAGAAGGGACCACUGCAUUGUGGAAAAAGGUGGGUGUAAAUGAUUGAUGUAGUCAUAUAGGGUUAAACAAAAUCUGCUUGGUUGUUUAUGGAAGAAUAGAAUAUUUCUCUGAAACGGAUUGGCUGCAGCAGUCAUGCACACCUACUCUGCCUCGCAGAUCAAUGGGGAAUUGGAUAUGAAAAAUACAUUUCUAUAUUUUGUGUAAUCAUUAGCAUUUUCAGGAUUUUUCUUGUGAAUAUAAGUUAAGAUUUAAGAAAGGUGCAGCUGUACUUCUAUUGAGAUAAAUAUAUUUUCUUUUUAUAGAAGGCUAUUUUCUCUGUUUCCCAAAUCAUGUGUUUUAGUUAAUAUCAAACUAGGUGUCCUUCUUUCUUUACAACCUUUUGUUUUCUCAAUGAUGUAGUUCCAUGAAACUAAAAACUCUUUAACCUCUUCCAUUUAGAAGAUGACACUUUGUCAUAAAAUGUUAUCUGCCUGAAUAUCAUAAGAAUGGCAUGGAAAUGUAGUGAUCUGAAUGAAACCAUUAGAGUUGCAUAUUUAGAGAAGGGAGAUCUGCUUCCUCUAUUUAUAGCUCCAGAGAGCUCAUAGAUUCAUGAUUGUGCAAGGAUUUAGGCAGAACAAGUCCUAACUUUGGUAGAAUGACACUAUUGCUUCAAGUAACCAAUGCCGAGAUUGCUGUAGCCUACAAGUAAUGAUCCUUAAUGUGAUACCUGGAAUUUGAUAGCUGAAUGAUGUGGUCAUAAAGCAAAAUGUAAUGAUGGCACCAAUUUAUGAUGGCAGUUCUGAUUGUGGUUCAGCAAAUCAUAUAUUCGUUAGGUAUGAUAUUACAUGACUGCAACUUGGGACUUCCUUGGGUUUUCCCACUGCCUGCUGAAAUUGACAGAUCACAAAUAGUGAUCAAGUGAUCAUGGGACACUGUGACUAUCAUAACUUUAUGCUGCAGUGGUCACAAUUUGAGACCAGCUACAACUCUUUUCAUUCAAUCUCUUUGUAACUUUGAAUGAGCACUAACAAAUGGUCACUAAAUAAGGUCUAGCUGUACUUGAUAAUUUGUCACCCCAAAUGAUUCUUAUGCUCUUAGCAGAAGUUGCCUUAUUGUGGAAGAGUCAACUAUCAAUUUGUGUGAUUUCAAUAAGUAAAAAAGAGAGGCAGCACUUUCUUUCCUUUCAAAUAAUAAAACCUCAGAAUCCAAUUGGGAGCAAAUAGAUCAAGACCAGCCAGCAUGAUUCAUUAUUUAUUUAUUACAUUAUCAUCCUGUCCUUUUUUAAAGGUCUUCAGUUAAACAUACAAAUCUUCUUCCUCUAUGCUUCCCCCACUUUAUUUUGCUACUUGGUCAGGCAGGACAGGCCAAGAGGCAGUGAUUCCUCCAAGCUGACUCUGCGCGCUGCCAGGGUCACUCUCCUUAGGCCAGGGAUCUUCAAAUUUGGUCCUUUUAUGACUUGUGGACUUCAACUCCCAGAAUUUCUCAGCCAACAUGCCUGGCUGAGGAACUCUGGGAGUUGAAGUCCACAAAAGAGCUAAGUUUAAGACCCCUGCCCUAGGCCAAUGCAGGUGCUCCACAGGGAAAGCUGUGAGAAAUAUAAGAGGUAGCAGAGAAGAGCUGAAGAAUUCAAAGUGCAUCUUAUUUAUUUCACUUCUUGCCUGCCAUAAUUCAGAGGAUCUCAUGGCACGUUUCAUAUUAAAACCAAAUAAAAAUAAAUGACAAAUUAAUUAAAAACAAAGAGUUUAAAACAAACAACAGAGAAAACAAGACAUUUAAGGGAUAAAAGUUAUCUAGGACACAAAAGAUAUUCUGAGGUAUUAAUCCUUUUUGGAGAAAUUUGGUUUCUAUAACGAUUUAUACAAUUUUCAGUUUGUUGAUUUUAUGUUAAAAGAGUAAGAUGAAAAGAUAAUUCAGGAGUUAAUCUUUAAAUCUGUGAUGUUUAAUUUGUUUAGUAGACCAUGUUUUAAACAGGAAUAAUUUUGUUUCCCUCA